AUGGAAUUCCUUCGAUCCCCCAGAUCCAGAUCCAGGUUCAGGAUUCCCAGUCAAAAUGAUACGAUGAUGGCCCGAAGGAUUCCAAUGAAUUCUCAUUCAAAAGAUAAGAUGCAACAGGAUAAGAUUUACUCGAUAAUCAAGACGGUCAAAUGUAGCCGCAUGGUCAUCCUCACAUCUCACAUUCCCCAUCAGCAAUCAAUCAAUCAAUCAAUCUCAUGUAUAAUAGGAAUGACGCGUAACAGAUCCGAACCAGUGGGAGAAUGA